UCGGAGAGACCUGAAGCACCUCCGUUCACUUCUGUUCCAACGAAGCAAGAGAGCGAGAGAGAGCGCGCACGCACCAAUCACGUGAGAAAAAAAAUUGCUAUCUAACGUUCUCACUCGUGAUUGGUCAAUUCUUAUGUAUACAAUAUGCUCUUAUUGGCCAUUUCAGAGCUCAUGAACAUAACUACUCCCAGCUCAUCUGAGUGUUGGUAACCUGGGUUACAUAUACAUAUCUUGAGUGAUUUAUGUACCCAUUAAUCGAAAGUGGUGGUUAACCUGCAACAUGGCCUUUAAAAACACGUUAUAAACACCAACAUGUGGAAGCCAAACUCUCACUGCGCGUGCACAUGCAUGUUCAACACAAUACAUUUGUAGAAGUGGAUUAAGGUAGUAAGGAGCUGUUCACCCUAUUCUGCUAUAAUAUACUGUACUAGGAACUGCAAGAUCUAGGGGGUCUGAAAAACAUCUCUGUGGAGCUUCCUGAUUGGCCAGUUAGUGAUGACACAGUGCUUCAUUUGGCAACUGCUGAGGCUCUAGCAACAGGAAAAGCAGGCGAGGAGCUACUGCAUGAGGUUGCUUUCCGAUAUGUGGAAGGAAUGAGGGACAUGGAAGGGAGGAAGCCAGGACCUUCAAGUAUUCUAGGUAUUGCACAGUUGCGCCCAGGUACUGAAGGGGGUUGCAGGGUGCCAUAUAACCCAGAAGCCACAGGUUGUGGGGCAGCCAUGAGGUCCAUGUGCAUUGGUCUUAGAUAUCCUCAUCCUGAUCAGCUAUCCUCAUUGGUUGAGGUUGCUGUGGAGACUGGUAGAAUGACCCAUCCUCAUCCAACUGGUUUCCUUGGAGCUGUGGCUUCAGCCUUGUUCACCAGUUAUGCAGUCCAGCGAAGACCAAUCACAACCUGGGGUCUGGGUUUAUUGGAGGAGGCUUGUCCUGUCGCAAAAUCAUUUGUUAAGUCUGCAGGAUAUGCUGUUACAGAGACUGAGAGAGACUGGGACUACUUUAUUGGAAAAUGGAAAUGGUAUUUGGAUCUAAGAGGAUUGUCUUUGGGGACUGGUCAAGUUACUUGGCCUGACAAGUAUGGGCCAGAAGAACGAGAUGAGGCCUACAAGAGCUUCAGUCUUUCAGGUUGGGCUGGUCGAAGUGGUCAUGAUGCUCCAAUGAUCGCUCUGGAUGCCCUCUUAGGGGCAGGCUUUGACUGGGAGGAACUCAUGAGUCGAGCAGGAUUUCAUGGAGGAGACAGUGACAGUACUGCAGUGAUUGCCUGUUGCUGUUGGGGUUUGCUGUAUGGAAUGGACAGAGUCCCACAGUGUAACUACAGAAACCUGGAGUACAGGGGACAACUGGAGAGUGUGGCUCAAAAGCUGUAUGUUCUUUCUCACUGCUAAAGCAAAGCUGUGAACAAAGAGAAAAUGUUCACAUUGACACGAAUUAAAUUGUUUUAGGUUAAUAAUGUCACUUGUAGGUGUUCUGCACUCAUGACACCUUAAAAGUCACACAAUCAUCAAAAAUAAUGAGGUUGAUGCAAAUUACAGUCUAUGUGAAUUCUCCUUUAAAUCUAAUGUACAUGUUACAUGUAUAUUCCUUCAUUAAAAUUAAUAAGUAAUAAAUAAAUGCAUAAAUA